AGUUUGGAUCCGCCUCUCCAGCUAUUGUGCGCCCCCACCCCGACUGCUUAUUUCAGGGGAGCCGAAUUUCGCACAACACCUGCCGCGAUGGAUCCGUUGGACGGGUUCGGUUCUCCCCGACGGGAAGAGGCUGCGGCAGACAGUCGAUCCGUCUGGACACGCUUCUCGUCCUGGCUGGAGUGCGUGUGUGUGGUUACCUUCGAUCUGGAGCUCGGACAAGCCAUUGAGCUAGUUUAUCCGCAGGAUGUGAAACUUACAGAGAAAGAGAAAACCAGCAUCUGUUACUUGUCCUUUCCUGACUCUUACUCAGGAUGCCUUGGGGAUACUAAGUUCACCUUCAGGUUACGCCAAUCAGUUGGGCGUCAAAGUUUCAGAGACGACAUCUACAACAGAGACGCCCCCGCCACGCUGCAGAGGGAAACGGCAUAUUUUUUCGGCUACGUCUACUUCCGUCAGGUGAAGGAUGUGUCUGUGAAGAGAGGCUACUUUCAGAAGUCGCUAGUGUUGGUGUCCAGGUUGCCCUACACACACCUGUUUCAUUCGGUGCUGCAGAUCGUCGCACCAGAGUUCUUCGAGAAGCAGGAACCGUUCCUGGAAGCAGUUUGCAAUGAGAUUGACCAGUGGCCCAACCCCUCACCUGGACAGACGCUCAACCUGCCCAUUGUGGGCGUCGUCUUACAGGUUAGAAUUCCUUCAAAAACAGACAAACCAGGAGGAAGUCCCGUCAGACAGAUAACUAACGAGAGCCCGCUGCCAGCUCCAACGCUCCUUCCAACCAUCCACGAACUGGACCUCUUUAAGUGUUUCCAGUCGGUUCUGAUCCAUGCCUGCUCAGAAACAAUACUGGCUCUGGUCAGCUCCAUUAGCCCUCUGAGGUUCUGCUGCGACUUUCGGCCGUAUUUCACCAUCCAUGACAGCGAGUUCAGAGAGUACACGACCCGGACGCAGGCGCCUCCAAAUGUGGUUCUGGGGGUCACCAACCCGUUCUUCAUCAAGACUUUUCAGAACUGGCCUCACAUCGUUCGACUGGGAGAGAUCAAGAUGGCCGGUGAUCUUCCGAAGCAGGUGAAGGUGAAGAAGUUGUCCAAACUAAAAACUCUCGAUACCAAACCAGGGAUUUACACAACCUACAAAACGUUUCUACACAAAGACAAAAUCCUUAUCAAGAGGCUUUUGAAGGGAAUCCAGAGGAAAAGGCCGUCAGAGGCUCAGAGCGCCAUCUUGAGGCGACACCUGCUUGAGCUGACGCAGAGCUUCAUCAUUCCUCUGCAACCAUAAAAUGACGACUUGGUGUUUGCGUUUGCUCAGACUCCUCCGCAGGUUCGUCCUUUUAGUCAAGACGAGUUCAUUUCCACUCUGGACCACACCGGCCCUCAGCUCACCUCCAUGCUCAGAGGGGACUGGAUGGGUCUGUACAGGAAGUUCUUCAGGUCCCUGAACUUUGACGGCUGGUACCGCCAGCGCCACAGAGAGAUGACACAGAAGCUGGAGAGCCUCCAUCUGGAGACGAUCUGCGACGCAGACCUUCUGGGCUGGACCAGAGACAAGUCGGAGGUGGAGAUCGUGGACCUGAUCCUGAAGCUCAGAGAAAAGCUGAUCAAAGCUCGCCGGCAGCAGCUGCAGGUCAAAGAUGGAGUUUUAGACAAACUGGACGCUUUCAUAAACUCUAUAGUCGGCUCGCUGCCUGAAGACCUGCAGCCCGUCCUGAACGCUCGCUGACGCCAUCAGACCCGAAAGACUGAAACCCGGAUAGAAGCCCAAACAAUGCCAGACGAGUCAGGCUGAAGAGUGAAGACUUCAUAACAACAGAAGAUUUUCAUUCAUCUCAACAGAAAGUCCAACAGCAGAUGGUCGAAGCACAGCCGUUAUUUUUCUAGCAAUUAAAAACACUAACAUACUGC